GGGGCAUUCUGGGAGGGGACGCCCUGGAGCUGGGGGUGGCCCACCCCCAUCCCUGUGCUCCUGGUUGAGCCCAGCAAGUCCUACCUAGGUCCUGGGACCUGAGUCCCCGAGGGAGGGGAAGGCAUGAGCAUCGAUUAAGCGCCCGCUGUGUACACCUCAUUUUUCCCCUCCUGCCUUCCUUGCGCUCUGCGGGGGUGGGGGGCUGCCUGAGAUCUCAUUGCCCCCCCCCAAAAGCGCCCCAGGCCUUUUGUUUCCCCCUCCCUGUUCAGGAAGCUCCUUGAGGGCAGGGCCUGACCUUAAGCUCCUUUGCUGAAGGGGGGGGGGCAUAAGCCUAAGCACCUGGGCCUUGCUUCUGCCCCGCUGUCCACUUGCCCGGGCUGCCCUUCUCAGCCCUGGCCCUAUCCGAGGCCACAUUUGAACUGGGAGAAGCCCAGGGCGCUCUCCACUGCACACCUAUCUUGUCUUCUUUCUUUACAGCCCGCGACCUCUUUUCAGCUUCAUAGGGCCCAGCCGCCAUGACAGAGGAGUCGGAGGAAACAGUCCUCUACAUUGAACAUCGCUAUGUCUGCUCUGAGUGUAACCAGCUCUUCGGCUCGCUGGAGGAAGUGCUCCUGCACCAGAACUCACAUCUCCCUCAGCAGCACUUCGAGGUGGUGGGUGUGGCUGACCCUGGGGUCUCUGUGGCUGCAGAAGCCCCCAGUGGCUCCGGCCUCUACCAGACUUUGGUGCAGGAGAGCCAGUACCAGUGCCUGGAAUGCGGGCAGCUCCUCUUAUCCCCAGGCCAGCUCCUCGAGCACCAGGAGAUGCAUCUCAAGCUGCUGAGCACCCAGGAGCCGGCCCCCCCCGAGACACCCCCGGCCAAGCCGCCCCCCACCAUCUCUGCCAGCACCAUACACUACGAGUGUGUGGACUGCAAGGCGCUCUUUGCGAGGCAGGAGCUGUGGUUGAGCCAUCGCCAGACGCACCUCCGGGCUGUGGCAGCUGUUGCAGCCGCGGCCACCUCCCCUCCCCAGCCUUCACCACCUCCGGCUGUGGGGCCCCAGCUGGGCCAAGCCCAGGUAGCCCUGGAGCACUCCUAUCGCAAGUCAGAGGAGGCUGGGGAAGCCGCUGGCCCCACAGGGGCCGGGGAGGUGGUGGCCGAGGUCGAGCUGCUCCUUUACAAGUGUUCCGAGUGCUCCCAGCUCUUCCACUUGCCCGGGGACUUCCUGGAGCAUCAGGCCACUCACUUCGGUCCAUUGGCCCCUGGCCCCGAGACUGCUGGGGCCCCUGACCUGCCCCCGACCUCUGACCACAGCUAUGAGCUUCGCAAUGGCGGUGAGGGUGUGGGCGGCGGGACCGGGCGGGAGCGCAGGGGCGGCCGGCGGCCGCUGCGACGAGCUAGCGGGGAUCCCUCUGGGGUGGCCUCCCCAGAGCUCUUGUGCCCCACCUGUGACCAGCUCUUCCUCUCCCCCCAUCAGCUACAGCAGCAUCUGCGCAGCCACCGGGAGGGGCUCUUCAAGUGCCCUCUCUGUAGCCGCACCUUCCCCAGCCCACCCAGCCUGGACCAGCACCUGGGGGAGCACAGUGGGGAGUCCCACUUCUUGUGUGUGGACUGUGGCCUGGCCUUUGGCACAGAGGCCCUGCUCCUAGCACACCGCCGCACCCACACCCCUAACCCGCUGCACUCAUGCCCCUGUGGCAAGACUUUUGUCAACCUCACCAAGUUCCUUUACCACCGGCGCACACACGGUGCAGGGGGCAUCCCCAUCCCUGCCCCUACCCCAGCGGCGCCCUCUGAGGAUCCUGAGCCUACGCCCACAGAAGCGGGAGGAGGCCCGGAGGCUGCAGCUCCUCCCGCUAGCCUCCCCACAGUAGCGGGGCCCCACCGCUGCCUUCUCUGUAGCCGGGAGUUCAGCAAGGCCCUGCAGCUUGCCCGCCACCAGCGCUUUGUGCACCGGCUGGAGAGGCGGCACAAGUGUGGCGUCUGUGGCAAAAUGUUCAAGAAGAAGUCACAUGUGCGUAACCACCUGCGCACCCACACAGGCGAGCGGCCCUUCCCCUGCCCUGAUUGCGCCAAGCCCUUCAACUCUCCCGCCAACCUGGCACGGCACCGGCUCACGCACACUGGGGAACGCCCCUACCGCUGUGGUGACUGCGGCAAGGCCUUCACGCAAAGCUCCACGCUGCGCCAGCACCGCCUCGUGCACGCCCAGCACUUCCCCUACCGCUGCCAGGAGUGUGGUGUGCGCUUCCACCGCCCCUACCGCCUGCUCAUGCACCGCUACCACCACACAGGCGAGUACCCGUACAAGUGCCGCGACUGCCCACGCUCCUUCCUCCUGCGCCGCCUGCUGGAGGUGCACCAGCUGGUGGCCCACGCAGGGCGACAGCCUCACCGCUGCACAGCCUGUGGCGCAGCCUUCCCCUCGUCACUGCGCCUACGCGAGCACCGCUGUGCUGUGGCCCAAGCCCAGGCCCCCCGGCGUUUCGAGUGUGCCACCUGUGGCAAAAAAGUGGGUUCCGCCGCCCGGCUCCAGGCCCACGAAGCUGCCCACGCCGCAGCCGGGCCAGGGGAGGUCCUGGCCAAGGAGGAGGCCACACCCCGACCCCCUCGGGCCACGCGCCCCCCAACUCCUGUGUCCUUGCCUGCCCCCUCUCCCACCACGGCCCCUCCAGCCCCUGCCCGGCGACGGGGACUGGAGUGUAGUGAGUGUAAGAAGCUCUUCAGCACAGAGACAUCGCUGCAGGUACAUCGGCGCAUCCACACGGGGGAGAGGCCUUACCCGUGCCCAGACUGUGGCAAGGCCUUCCGCCAGAGCACCCACCUCAAAGACCACCGGCGCCUGCAUACUGGGGAGAGGCCCUUUGCCUGUGAGGUAUGCGGCAAGGCCUUCACCAUCGCCAUGCGCCUUGCUGAGCACCGCCGCAUCCACACUGGCGAGAGGCCCUACGCCUGCCCUGACUGUGGCAAGAGCUACCGCUCCUUCUCCAACCUCUGGAAGCACCGCAAGACCCACCAGCAGCAGCACCAGGCAGCCGUCCGCCAGCAGCUGGCCGAGGCGGCGGCUGAGGCAGCGGCCACCCUUACAGUGAUGGAGUCGGCGGUCGAGGGUCUGCCCCUGGUAGAAGGCAUUGAGAUCUACCCAAUGGCAGAAGGCGAUGGGGUGCAGAUCAGCGGGUGAGCCCAGGAGUGGGUGGUCCCCUGACCCCAGCGCCUUGUACAUGGGUCCCUGAUACAGUGUCAUUGUCCCCAACUGGCCUGGCUGUGACCAGCCAGGGCUCUCGCUCCUUGAAGUUAGUUUGGGCAGGAGGCUACCCUGUCCUCUGUACAUACUGUGUCCUCUCCUCUCCUGUCUGUGGUGUUAGUUCAAAGUAACUGGAUUUUUCUCUCAUCGUGGUUAAGUCCUCCUUGUCCCAGGGUCCCUGCUAUUCCCAUCUAUGCCCUGCCCUAACAGAGCAGUUCCCAACCCUGGGCCAAGGCAGCCAAUAAAGACUGAGUUGGACACAAGUGGGUGUUUUUUUUGGGGUGUGGCCGAGGGGGCAGCCGUUUCAUCGGGCUUACCCUUCUCUCCCUCUCUGGUCACAAAGGGAGGGGUUGGUAUACCAAGAAGCAGGUCCAGGUCGACCACUAGAGGUCCUCACGGGGCCCCAGACAACCACGAGAAAGCAGGGCAGACUUUUGUCAGGUUUCCAAUGUUGGCCAUGGCCUCCUCCCCAGAAUUCUCAUGUCACAUCCCUGCGUCAUGUCCCUGUCUGGCCUGCCCACAUCCCACUCCCUGCCAAGCACUCCUCCAGGUUAGAAUUGGAAGGAAGUGUGAAGGGCCUGCUUAGGACCUGCACAAGUCUGGUCCUAGGGAACCUUGCCUCUCAGUACAGCAACUCAGGGAUUCCACUUUAUGCAUUGGAGAGACUGGAUACCUGUGGGAUCAGAAAAUGACCUUCAACUAGCAGCCUCUCCAUCUUUUCCUCCAUGCUGCUUCCUGCGCCUGGAGGCGGUUUGGGUUAUAAUUCCCCAUUUUCUAGGGCUUUAAUUCCCUCUACAAAGCCAGCGUUUUAAGUAAAGCCUCUACCUAAAGCAGUUCUUGAGAAAUCUGGUCUUGCCACCUCCCACAAAGAGGCAUCUCUGAGCCAAAGAAGUAGUGGGCCUCUGCAGUAAAUGUACUCCAUAGCAUUUUUACUUCUCUUUGAAGAUAAACAAGAAAUCCCAGUCUUAGAUCCUAUCCUUUGACCCCAUCAGUCAUCCCUCACCAUCAAGGAAGAGCCUAGUCUGAGACAGUCCCAAGGAUCUGUUGUGACUUUAGCAGUGAUCUGACACCUCAGUACUGGAGAGAAUGGGCUGUGGAAUAGGAUGGCCCCAUUGGGAAGGCAUUCAAGCUCUGAGAUGCCCUGACCUGAUGGGGGUGCAACAUCCAGGGCUGAGGAGGGUGCUUCCAUUCAGGUCUCCCACUUUGAAUGCCUGGAAGGUCACAUUUGAGGCUGGGUAGAUAUAGCCUAGUCUUAGGCUUAGCACCAGGUUACCCAGCCUCCAAACUCCAGAUGGACUAACAUCUGGCUCCCAAGAUGGUCCUGAGCUUGGGGUCAAUGGGAGGGGUUGUUUCUCUGGGCUAGGGCAGCAGUUCUAAGACCUGGCUUCUGGGUGAUGGAGGGCAGAUUCCCUGAAGUCCACAAGGAGGUGUUGGGAUUGCAGACAUUUCUGGUGCCAUUCAGAGGGGAGGACUGCCUUUAGCUCCCUUCAGCGGGUACAAGGACUGUGUUCACGUGUGUAAUUUGUGUGUGAUCUGAGUCCAGUUUCACGUGCCCCAAGUGCAUAUCUAGACCCUACACCUGCCACGGUAGGUUUGGAUCGUUUGGUCCAAGCUGCACCUGAAUAUGGAAGGCACAGCCUAACCGCCCGUGCAGUCUGUGCUUGAAGCCCCCUGAGGAUGUGACACCCACUGUCUACCUGCUGUGUUGCGGGAGAGUGCCGAUGUCUAGCAAAUGUGACCAUAGGUCAACUGAAGCAUGGCUCUGGGAUCGAACAGGCAAGUCGAGGCCCUCCUCCAUGGGAUCCCGGGCUCUAGAGCUAGGAGACCCAAAGGCUGCCUUCCUCCUUUGGAGGCCCAGAGUGGUCAAGGACUCAAGCACUUGAUGACAGAACCCUAUCUUGGAUACCUGGAGAGAGCUGCCGCAUGCUCCCAUUAUGUUGAGGCCAAGCCUUCUUUACAUUCUUGUCUUGCAUGACCUCCAGGCUUCUCAGUGAUCUGAGCCAGUCAGGCCCCCUUGGACCAUUCUGUGGUUGUCAGGGUCCUCCUGGUACCCAGUGCUCCAUGGUCUGACCUAACCAAGGCAGCAGGAGUAGCCCAGUGACCCUGCUGGACGUGUCCCCUGUGUUGGUGCAGCCUAAGGCAGUGGCUUAAAAACCACAAGUCAGCAUUAUCUAGGUCUUAUCUUACACUUUCAUACACUUUAAUGUAGCUUAGUUGCUGGCAGCCCAUUAAGAUUCAGAGAUCCUUUUCAGGUAUAGGUCUUUCUAGUAGCUCUUCCCCCAUCCUGUACUUGUGUAUUUGAGUUUUGGUUUUUGGAUUUUUUUAUUUUUACUGGUAGUUUCUGUUUUUGCACCGGCUUUGCAUAUCCAGAUACAGGUUGUCGCAAACAUCUUAGUGCAGUUGUAAGUGUUAACGUCUGCCCCUCUUUUACUCAGUAAAACGUCCUUUGUAGUAGUCGAUCAUUUUUUUUUAAUCCAAGUGUAGUUCUCUUAACAGCCUAAAAGAACCACCUCCAGGGAUCCCUACCAGAGAAAUGGGAGGACUGCUGCUACCCUUAUUGGGUUCUCUUCCAAAGAACUGCCCUCUUUCCUCAGGAGAAGAGACAUAAAAGGAGGAAAUGGUAGCUUUCUUUGGGUCCUUCAAGGGCCAUCAUAUGGAGGAGGGACUUGGCUUGGCUCCCCAAGAGCCACCCAGGACAAAAUCUGGAGGAUAGCCAACUUCAACUAGAUGUACCCAAAAAUUUUUAUGACGAUUCUCAAGUCAGAGGCUUGCCUCAGUUGCUGCUCGUUAACUAAAUGUCCUCAAAAUGGAUGACCAUUUGUUGGGUAUAAAGCUUAGUGUUUUUUAGGGUUGCUUUUCACUCUUCAGACACUACUAACUCUAAAAUCAGGGAAUCGGGGUGGUCUAAGCUCCCAAAUACUGGGAACCUGGGAUGUAGGGAGGAAGGUAGCUAAUUGCAUGAUGGCAGAAAUUGCACUAUUUUUUCUAAAGAUAGGGUCCUAAAACUGUUGGGGAAGGCAGAUUCUAUAAUAUGUGUUGGUCAAGUGUGCAUCUUCUGUACUCGGGGCAGACAUGUCAAACUUGUGGGUACAGCCUGAACCAGAUUAAAAUGUAAAUGAGAAAUGUUUAGCAAAAUAAAUUUUUAAAAUGCAA